AUGUCUCCAACUUUCACUCCUCAAGAGAAAGAAAACAAUCCGCCUGGCGCAUCACAAACGGGAGACUACGCAGUAUACAACAGCGGUGCUGACUCGCCGCUCUCAACAACCUCGUCAUCCUUCUUCAAGGGCAUGGAAGUCGACAAGGAACCAUCGCCUCCUCCCAAAUCGCUGUGUCCAAUGUGCAAAGUAGAAGUUGACCCUGAAAUUCUGGCCGAGUUCAAAUCCCAACCAAAUCAGCGAAUCCGUGAGCAACAACAAUUCUGUGAAUCGCACAAACUUCGCAGUGCAUUGCAACAAUGGGAGCAACGCAAAUACCCUACAAUUGCGUGGGAUCAAUUUGAAACCCGGGUGCAGAGUCUGUUCCCCGCAAUCGAGAAGUUGCUGGUGCCGGAUGCUCCUUCUUAUUACCGUAACACGCUCGACGGGAUCUUGGCUUCGGGCAAAGCCAAGAACUUCCGAUUGACGAUUGACGGGAAGGCACUUGAGGUGAUUACUUGUGGUUAUUAUGGUACGAAGGGUGCAAGUCUGAUGUAUGUGUUUUCCUUUGUUGGACGAGAUGCUGUACUAAUUAUUUCUAGGCUGGAUGCUGUUGUUGCCCGGUUCUCUAGGUCGCUGCGUCGUUUGGCGGCAACGGAUCGAAUUGUCAAGACCGCUGGUGUGGCCGGCUACGCACAGUGUGUCCUUGUGCCUGAGUUAGCCAUGCGAUUGGUAAAGCAGGAUAUGGGUGUUGAUGACGAGGAAGCUCGUCAGAUCAUGCGAGAGAGCAUGGAUAUUGGUCAGAAGUUGAACCCUGAAGCCAAUGACGUUGUUCCCGUUCCAGCUGGACUUGACGGCCUCGGUCUCGUUGCUCAAAGUGAUGAUGAAGAGGAAGACGAGGAAGAAGAGGAGGAGGAGGAGGAGCUAGAGGAAGAGGAAGAGGAAGAUAAAGAGAAUGAGGGAAACAGAGAAGAAGACGACAAGCAAGCUGGAGACCUCGAGGACAAAAAGCCGGCAAUGCAGGCAAUGCAAUCAAUUCAGGCAGUGCAGGCAAGGCAGGCAAGGCAGGCAAGGAAGAACCAGAGCAAAGACACUGAGAUCAGAUGA